AUGUCAUCUUUUAACAAUGAUGGUAGUAUUUUAAAUAAUAACAAUAAUAGUCCACCGUUGAAUCAUCAGAAUUCAAAUAAUAGUGGAAAUUCACCGGUUUCAUACACCAUACAAUCGCCAGCAUUUAUAUCACCGUCAUCAACAGUACCGUCAUCACCAAGCAAUGAUGGCAUUCCAACAUCAACGUGUUCCACUCCGGGAGGCAAAGAGCGUCCAAAAUCCAAAGAAUAUCUUGGUGACAUGAACAAGUCCUCAGGAAAAGAUGUUCGCAAUAGAAGUCAAAGUGAGGCCGACAAAAUUGAUGAAAAGCAUAAAAAGAAACCAUUUCUAUCACCAAAGAUGUUGUUACCAGGCAAAAAGAGUAGUACAGUUUAUGAAGAGCCACCCAUUUCAAAGACACUCGAUAGUAGAAUGAAGAGUAAUCCGUAUAUUAAAAAGUUUAAAUUACCAUCUUCAGAGUUACAGAUACUGUUACAUGGUAGAUUGUAUUUAUUUUCAAACUACAUAUGUUUUGAAUCAAAGAUAUUUGGAAUCAAGACGACAGAGAUCAUUCAAAUACAAAAUAUUACAUCCAUUGCAAAGAAGAGAUUCCCUGUUGCUAUUGAAAUAGUUGCUCAAUCUCAAAAGUUUGUAUUUGCUUCAUUUGUAUCUAGAGAUAAAACAUUUCAUGAUUUGAUGAAUAGUUGGAGAGAAGUAACCGGAGAAUCGCAUGAGGAUGUCUCUUCACAUAGUAUAGAUGAUGAUAUUGAUGACGAUCAUAUUAAUUCAUUCGAAGAGUCUUCUUCCAGUGGCAAUGGUGUAACGACACCACCAAAUAUCAUCGAGAAAUCAAGUGUUAUUUCUGAUUCUCUAUUGUUAUCAAUAGAGUCAAUCAAUAAUACAGAUCAACAAAAUGGUGAUUUUAAAUAUACUUUAGAUAAUAACAGUAAUAAUAAUAAUAGCAGCAGCAGCAGUAGUAAUAGUAACAGUGAUCAAAAUAAUAUAAAUAUAAAUAAAGAUAAUAGCAAUAAUUUGAACGAAAAACAACAAAAUAUAAUAAAUAAUGAUGGUAAUAAAAUGGAAAACGGUCAUAUCAACAACAACAACAAUAAUAGUAAUAAUAAUAAUAUAGUUAAUAAUAGUAAUAAUAGUAAUAGUAAUAAUAUAAAUAAUGUAAAAGAAAAUAAUCAUAUAGAAAAGAGUCCAUUUGAUGAGCUCUAUGGUAAUUAUGAACAAUUUCUUUCAACUAAUGAACAAUCAUCUAUAUUAGAGAGUUCAAUUUCAGAGUUUCAAGAAUUGCUUUCAGAGAAUUUCAAUGUGAGUGUAGUCAAUUUCUUUAGGGCGUUGUGUUCGGAUCAAUGUAAUUUCGCGUUUACCUAUCAUGCCAAGCGUGGUGAUUCUAAUAUCGUAGUGAAGAAUUGGGCACAUCGAGAGCGUUUCGGUACGGUCAGAGAGUUGGAGUAUGUUGCUCCAGUGAAUUCUCCGAUCGGUCCUGAUAAGACCAGGAUUCAAGAGACUCAGCGAUAUCAUCUGACCAACAAGAAACUCUCGAUCGAGACCGAUACCAUUAUGCUCGAUAUCCCGUAUGGCGAUCACUUUAGAAUCGAAGCGAAAUGGGACGUUGUGGAGACCUCUGCCGAGACAUGUCGACUAUCGAUUCAGAUUUGCGUGCGUUUCAUCAAGAAGACCUGGUUCAAGAGCAAGAUCGAGAGUGGCACCAUCAAAGAGUCGAAAGGAUCGUUCAGUCAAUGGGUGCAACUGGCCAAGCAGGAAAUCCAAAAGAUGUUGCAGCUCAAGAAGCCAACGGUCGCGACUGUCUCUGGCGCCUCUACAAGUGCCGCUGCUGCUCCGGCAGCGGGUUCUGCUUCUUCGUCAUCCUCCAACACACCACAGCAACCACAGCUCGUAUUAUCUCAACAGCUCAACAAGUCUGUCGAGAAGAAGUUGCUGAAUGAAGAAGGAAUAUCCUCAGAUUCACCAAAGCCACAUCAUUCUAGAUCGCGUAGUCGUCAGCAUCUGGUUAGUUCCUCUGGUCAGGUCACAACCACUCCGAAUCUUAAUCAAUCGAUUACAGAGAGAUUGGCAGCAGAGAGCAGCAGCAAUUUAACACCAUUAAAACAACAGAGUACACCUACUUAUUUAACAACUCCAACAAUAUCACCUUUUAAUAAUAACAACAAUGAUCACAUUAAUAAUAACAAUCAUUCAACCACCACCUUUAAUAAUAAUCAAUCAGUUGACAGUAAUAGUCAAUUCCAACUUAAAUUCAAUUCUAAAUAUGGAGGAGUCACACUAUCGGGAAUAGCAUUAUUCUCUAUCAUUCUGCUAUUUCCCAUACACUUUAGGAAACCUUGGUUAUGUCCAACAAGUCUUUAUCUUUGA